CAUGUCAUGAGUAUUUCAUUCACUCUUCUAUCAAUUAUUUUUUCGGGAAUUACGAAUCAAAUGGAAGUGAAAUCACAUUUUAUAGGAUCGUUCCUUGGUUAAAAGCAUAAAUAAUAUCAAUUAUAGCAUUGUUGUGUCUGUAGCAAUGGCAAGUAACGAUGAAAUUACCGGUGGACCAAUAACUCAGGAAGAUAUUGAAGCUGCUGAAAAGUUGAAAAAUGAAGCUAAUGAAUAUUUCAAAAAGCAAAAUUACAAUGCUGCGAUCGAGUUGUACUCAAAAGCGAUUGAAAAGAAUGGGAAGAAUGCAGUUUUUUAUGCUAACAGGAGUAUAGCUAACAUUAGGCUGGAGAACUUUGGGUAUGCCCUGACGGAUGCCUCCAAGGCAAUAGAAAUAGACCGCUCUUACACCAAGGCUUACUACAGGAGAGCAGCAGCCUACAUGUCCCUAGGAAAGUACAAACUAGCCCUUAAGGAUUUCGAAGUUGUUACCAAAGUUAGGCCAAAAGACCAAGAUGCUAAAAUGAAAUACAAUGAAUGUAACAAAAUAGUAAAGAAGAUUGCUUUUGAAAAGGCCAUCUCGGUGGACAAGAAAGAAGUUAAUAUAGCAGACUCUAUAAAUCUAGAUGCUAUGACCAUUGAAGAUGAGUAUGAAGGGCCGGCACUUGAAGAUGGAAAGGUGACUCUUAAAUUUGUGACGGACCUCAUGGAGUACUACAAACAACAGCAGAAACUACACAAGAAAUAUGCAUACAAGAUCCUGAUCGAUGUGAAAGCAUACCUGCAAAAGCAACCUUCUCUCAUCGACAUAAAGGUACCCGAUGACGCCAAGUUCACAGUCUGCGGAGACAUCCAUGGCCAGUACUAUGAUCUGAUGAACGUGUUCAAACUGAAUGGGCUGCCUUCGGAGACAAACCCCUACCUGUUUAAUGGAGACUUCGUGGACCGGGGCUCCUUCAGUGUGGAGUGUAUCUUUGUGCUGUUCAGCUUUAAGCUGCUGUAUCCUGACCACAUGUAUAUGUCACGAGGCAACCACGAGACCCUAGACAUGAACCGAAUGUACGGCUUCCGCGGCGAAGUCUCCUCCAAAUACACCUCCCAGAUGGCGGAUCUCUUCACGGAGGUGUACAACUGGCUGCCUCUAGCGCACUGUAUCAACAACCGGGUGAUGGUCAUGCACGGGGGCUUGUUCUCCAAGGAUGAUAUCACGCUGGAUGAUAUCAGGCGGGUGGACAGGAAUAAGCAGCCGCCUGAGGAUGGUAUAAUGUGCGAGCUGCUCUGGUCCGACCCUCAACCGAUGGCGGGGCGCGCGCCGUCCAAGCGCGGCGUGGGCUGCCAGUUCGGGCCCGACGUCACAGCCAACUUCCUCGCCCGCAACCGCCUCGACUACAUCAUCCGCAGCCACGAGGUGAAGAAUGAUGGGUAUGAGCUGGCCCAUGAUGGCAAGUGUAUCACGGUGUUCUCUGCGCCUAAUUACUGUGAUACAAUGGGCAACCGCGGCGCUUUCAUCACAAUGAACGGCAAGGACCUGAAGCCAAACUUCACCACUUACGAGGCUGUGCCUCAUCCAGACGUGAAGCCGAUGGCGUAUGCCAACUCAUUCCUCAGCAUGCUCUGUCAGUAGUUACCUUUAUAUAUAACCUUAUACUUUAUAUACCGUUACGGAAAAUGCCAGACCAAUUACAGCCUGUGGUUAAAGAUCGUUUUGCUUCGGCCAAUAUUUGUAAAAAGAUUUGGUGGUGGCGAGGAAACAUCAAGUUUCGUUUUAAUGCUGGCUAAAGUUGAGUUUUCGCGUUAGAAAUAAGGUAGUGUUUCCAAAUGGCAUUCAGUUUUCGGCGAGUCUUUUGAAUUAUCAGCCAAUUUACACUUGUAUUUAGUCGCUGUGAUUUUGAAAAUCUGCGUCUACGAUUUUAUAAGAAUAUUAUUCUUUGCGACAAUACAGUGGAUUGAACUUCUUGGUUCUAUAAUAGUGUAUCCUAGUAGUGUUUGGAUAUUUGUAUCGCCUGCUGUGUCGGAAAGAGAUGCAAUACUCACUGCCAUAAGCCAGAGCGAGAUAGCAUGACCAGUCUAGUUACGUAUACAGUAAUUUGUUUUGUUAUUUUAGCGCUCCUAAGCUCUUUAAAAAUGCAAUUCUUUUAAUGUUAAAAACAAGCAUCACGGUCUUGUAUAUAAUUAAGAAAUUUUAUGUUUUAAAUGGAAUAAUAAGAUCACUUUUAUGAAAGAC